UCCUCGCAUCAGCCGCCCGUGGCGCGUUGUCCCGUGUUCCUGGACAUUUAUCGCAAGGGCGAAUACUGAGUUGCCAAGGUCUAAGAGGUUUGAUACCGACAGCAAGCUAUUGAGGAGGAGUCAUGAAUGUCCCAAGGAUCGCCUUCCAGACCGCGCGCCGGCUGACCACCUCCACGACGGUGCGGGCCGCCAAGGGUGAGGUGCACCCGGGCUACGCCAAGCUGCGCCAGCAGUACGCCAAGUUCCAGAUCCAGGACGGCGUGCCCGUACACCUGAAGGGCGGCCCGGCCGACCGGAUCCUGGCCUCGCUGACGUACGCGCUGUGCGCCGGCGCGCUCGUCACCGUCUGCUACACGCUCUUCUACAAGAUGGCCUACCCGCAGAAGAAGUGAGGGGUGGAAGCGGGAGUGUGGCUGGUGAGGUGCGAGCGCACGUGAUAUCGAUGCAUGUGUACACGGCGAUGAGAGCUGGGCUGAAAUACAGAACCAAGUAGGUGUAAGUGUUGCGUGGUGGUUUCGUAACGAAGGCUGAGGCUGACGUUUUUCCGUCGUCUGUUCCUGGCCAGCACAAUACACAGAGUGCACGGUU